CCGGCGCUCGACUGCUGGCGUCUGGCGGAGGCAGCAUGGCGGCGGGGGCGGCUGAAGCAGCCGAGGCGGCCGUGGCAGUGGUGGAGGUCGGCUCUGCCCGGCAGUUUGAGGAGCUCCUGCGCCUCAAAACCAAGUCACUCCUUGUGGUCCAUUUCUGGGCGCCAUGGGCUCCACAGUGUGUACAGAUGAACGAUGUCAUGGCAGAGUUAGCUAAAGAGCAUCCUCAUGUUUCAUUUGUGAAGCUGGAAGCCGAAGCUGUUCCUGAAGUAUCUGAAAAAUAUGAAAUUAGUUCUGUUCCCACCUUCCUGUUCUUCAAGAAUUCUCAGAAAGUCGACCGGUUAGAUGGUGCACAUGCCCCAGAGUUGACCAAAAAAGUCCAGCGACACGUGUCUAGUGGAUCCUUUCCUCCUAGUACUAAUGAACAUGUUAAAGAAGAUCUCAACCUUCGCCUGAAAAAGCUGACUCACGCUGCCCCCUGCAUGCUCUUCAUGAAGGGAACACCUCAGGAACCACGCUGUGGUUUUAGCAAGCAGAUGGUGGAAAUCCUUCACAAACACAAUAUUCAGUUCAGCAGUUUUGAUAUCUUCUCAGAUGAAGAAGUUCGACAGGGGCUCAAAACAUACUCUAAUUGGCCCACCUAUCCUCAGCUCUAUGUUUCUGGAGAGCUCAUAGGAGGACUUGACAUAAUUAAGGAGCUGGAAGCAUCAGAAGAACUAGAUACAAUUUGUCCCAAAGCACCCAAGUUAGAGGAAAGGCUCAAAGUGCUGACCAAUAAAGCUUCUGUGAUGCUCUUUAUGAAAGGAAACAAACAGGAAGCAAAAUGUGGAUUCAGCAAACAAAUUCUGGAAAUACUGAAUAGUACUGGGGUUGAAUAUGAGACUUUUGAUAUACUGGAGGAUGAAGAAGUGCGUCAGGGAUUAAAAAAGUUCUCAAAUUGGCCAACCUACCCUCAGCUGUAUGUGAGAGGGGAUCUUGUUGGAGGACUGGAUAUUGUCAAGGAACUGAAAGACAACGGUGAAUUGCUGCCUAUACUGAAGGGAGAAAAUUAGUGAACGUUAAGCACGGUGUCCAAGGACUGCAAGAAGUAUUUAAUUAUCGUGAAACAGUUGAUGACUUGGUCCUGCGAAGUGGACUGAGAGUAGAAAUGCGACAUAGUCAGCUGUGCUCAAUGUGCUUCACAAAGUUGUGCUGAAAAAAACAUAUGUUACAUUUUCCACGAAGCAUAGAAGGCAAUAAACUCCAGAUUCAGCUAAAAACGA